UUUGUGUUGGUUUAUGUCCACAUUUAGUGUAAACAUCGCUUAAAAAAAUAAUCAAACAUGUCCAUGAAUAAAAUUAACCAAUAGUUGAGAAUAUCACAUGUAUUUCGUACUACGGAAGCCCGGCAGUGGGCUGCGAAUGGGGUCACGAUAACCCGGAAGUAACGGGAUAGCAACAAGGACAUGGUCACGCCACUAGUGUGUAAUUUGUAAGUUUUUUUUUUUUUUUUUUUUUAAAGUAAAAGCAGUCUUCUGCUGUGCAUUUUGUCCGGAAACGUUAGCAUAGUGUAGAUGACAGCGCGUUUGUGCGAAAUGUUAGAACAAUGUGACUGGUGUCAGUAACAAGCUAUCCAGCUAGCGUGUGCGUGUGUGAAAGGCAAUGGCCGGGCGGGUGGUGCUCGGUUUUCUCCGGACCCUCCGACCCGCGGAUCGGGUGUGGACGAGUCCACCUGUUCGGGGUGUGCACCUCAGCGCCGCCUUUUGCGCCGGUCACAACAAGUGGUCCAAAGUGAAACACAUUAAAGGCCCUAAAGAUGAGGCGAGGGGGCGAAUGAUUGCAAAGUUUGUCAUGAUGAUAAAGAUUGCUGUGAAAGAGGGUGGACCCAAUCCGGACAUGAACGUCAAUUUAGCCCAACUCCUGGAGCAAUGCAGGAACAAGAACGUGUCAAAAGCAUCCAUCGAGACCGCAAUCAAGAAUGCGGAGAAGGCCAAGCCGGCGUCGCGGCACGUGUUUGAAGCUCGGGGACCGGGCGGAUGCCUUCUGCUCAUCGAAGUCCUGACCGAAAACACCGCACGCAGCCAGCAGGAUGUCCGGCGAAUCCUCAGUAGAAACGGGGGGAUGUUGUCAGAGGGCGCCCGCCAUAACUUCACCAGGAGGGGCGUGGUGGUCGUGCCGGGCCGGGACGUCACAUCCGAGCGAGCGCUGGAGCUGGCCAUCGAGGCCGGCGCUGAGGACGUAGCGGAGACGCAGGACGAGGAGGACGACGCGCCCCUCCUGCAGUUUAUUUGUGACAACGCGGACACGUGGAAGGUCCGGACAGCCCUCGAGCAGCUCGGGACGAAGGUGACGUCGGCCGGCUCCGAGUUCGUCCCCCGCGUCCUGAUGCCUCUGGACCCGGAGCAGCUGGAGGCGGCUUCGGCGCUCAUCGAAGCCCUCAGCGACUGCCCGGAGGUGCUCCGCGUCUGGGACAACAUCCGGCCUGAGAGCUGAGAGACUUUACGGACACUUUUGGAUAUCGGUCGCGUGUAAUACCUCGACGCGGAGUGGUCGAGAGACGCUUUCCUGGAAAGAAAGACCACGAAACAGUCGACCUGAUCUGAUCCUGUUCAUCAUUCAACUCUGGUGGGGAGGGAAAAAAAAAAACAAGCAAAAAAAAAAAAAAACAGCAAAAAUGAUAUUAAAAC